AUUGGACAUACUAUUGACGUCAGGUGACCCAUCCUGACGUCCAACAAAUGAGUGACAUAUUUGUUGGGUUUGCGUCUUGAUUUGAGCAAAUUCAUGGAGCACGAAGGAAAAGACAACGGCUUGGCUGCCGUCGCCGGUCACCUAUUACGUUCAGGUUUCAGACUGUUCUUAAAAAAAAAUGCUGCUCAAAGUUGACCAAAACGAUAGCGACGUCUGACUUUCAUACUCUAAAGUCUUCGUUCGUCCACUUCAGGCCAGUAACAUUUUCGUUUUCUUUAAGAUAGCUAUGCUGCGGUUCCAUGAAUAUGCAAGGUAAAAAACGGUACUAGGAUUCUUUUUCCUAGUAAGAAUCUGUUUUUAGCUCACUAUCACUAGCCUACCAGAAUUCAGCUGGUGCCGCGUGCACGGAGAGAGCUCAGCGAAGCGCUCUUGCAAGAGGUCGUCAGACAUUGAUGGAGCUCUCUCCCUUGCUUCUCCUUCUCCCUCUCCUCCUCGUUGGUUUCUUCUACCUCAGCAAGGCGCGCGCCGCCGGCCGGAACACGCGGCGCCUGCCUCCAUCGCCUCCGGGCUUGCCUCUGAUCGGCAACCUACACCAUGUGGGCGCGCUCCCGCACCGCGCGCUCGCCGCGGCGCACGGCGCGCCCGACCUAUUGCGGCUCCGCCUCGGCCAGGUCCCCACGCUGGUCGCAUCCUCCCCGGCCGCCGCGGCUGCGCUCAUGCGCGAGCACGACGACGCCUUCGCCACGCGCCCGUACUUCCGCACCGCUGAGAUCCUCACCUACGGCUUCCAGGACCUCGUCUUCGCGCCCUACGGCGAGCACUGGCGGCACGUCCGCCGGCUCUGCUCCGCGCACGUCCUUAGCGCCGCUCGGUCCCGCGGCUACGACGGCAUGCGGGAGCGGGAGAUCGCCGCCCUGGUGCGGACCAUCAGGGAGAGCGCCAUCUCCUCGCACGCAGGCGUGGUCGACGUGAGCAAGGCGCUGUACGGCUUCGCCAACGGCGUGAUCUGCCGGGCGGUGUCCGGGACCGGGAGGCUGUCGCGGGAGGAGGAGGGGCGGAGGAGCGAGUUAUUCCGAGAGCUGAUCGAGUAGAACACGGCGCUGCUGGGCGGGUUCUGCGUGGGCGACUACUUCCCAUCGCUGGCGUGGGCGGACACUCUGUCCGGCGCCGGCGCGAGGGCGUGGAGGAACUUCAGGCGGUGGGACGAGCUUCUGGAGAAGGUGGUCCAGGAGCGGCGCCGCGGCGACGGCAACGGCGGCGAGGAGGACUUCGUGGACGUGCUGCUCGCGCUGCAGGCGGAGAAGCAGGACGACGGGUUCGAGCUGACCAGGGAUGCCAUCAAGUCGCUCCUGGCGGACAUGUUCGCGGCCGGGACCGAGACGUCCUUCAUCGCGCUGGAGUGGGCCAUGUCGGAGCUGGUCAGGAACCCCGCGGCCACGCAGGAGCUCCAGCGCGAAGUCCGCCGCGCCGCGCCCGCGGACUCCGCCGCCGGCGCGACGGCGACGCCGUACCUGCACGCCGUGGUCAAGGAGACGCUCCGCCUCCACCCGCCGGUGCCGCUGCUCCUCCCGCGCGAGUGCAUGCGCGACGCGGCAGUGCUGGGGUUCCACGUCGCGCGGGGCACGCGCGUGUUCGUCAACGCCUGGGCCGUCGGCCGCGACCCGGCAUCGUGGGGCGCCGCGGCCGACGAGUUUCGGCCCGAGAGGUUCCUGGCGGAGGACCGCGAGGUGGACUUCCGGGGCGCGCACUUCCAGCUCGUCCCCUUCGGGGCCGGGCGGCGCGCCUGCCCCGGGAUGCAGUUCGGGCUGGCCACCGUGGAGCUCGCGCUGGCGAGCCUGGCGCGCCUGUUCGACUGGGAGGUGCCCGGCGGCGCGGCGCCGGGGGAGCUCGACAUGUCGGACGCGCCCGGGCUGACCACGCCCAGGCGGGUGCCGCUCCGGCUCGUCGCCAAGCCGUUCGGUUCGGAGGAGCAGGCGUAGGGCCGUAGCGUCUCGUUUGUCAGUUGUUGUGCAGCGAUUUUUCUGUUAUGUGUCACGGCCACGUGUACGGCCAUCCCCUGCGCACAAUGGUUGGUUGCCCGUCUGACGCCGUCGUGCCUUGUGCAUAACUCACCUGGUGAAGGCCGCGUCUGAUUUCUCCUCAGCGUCUUCAAAAAUGGAGGCGGAGUCGACGAAGCUGGUUCGUCGUGCUCCUCCUCGGUUCCACGAGUCCAUCCAUGAAAUGAACCGGAUUCCCGAAUCGAGGAAUCCGAUCCCCUGUAUCAUCGUGAUAGUCCCUGGAUCAAGCGCUAUCACAUA